CGAGCUUUGAAUCGUUGCCCUUCCUGUUCUCUGAUAACAACAGUGAUGGCGGCCGCUGCUGCUCGGCUUCUUAUCCGUGGUUCCCACCAAACACUUCCCAUCUCCAGUGUUGGAACCGGGAAGCAAAGCUGCAUUGGAAAUGCUUUGCUGACGCUGUCUUCGGGCUGCAACUCCCGUUUAAAGACCCAGCGAAGACAUGCAGCUCACUUUACUUUCCAGCCCGACCCCGUCCCGACGCAAUAUGGUUCCACACAGAAGAUGAACUUGUUCCAGUCGAUUACAAGUGCCUUGGACAACACGCUCGCCAGUGAUCCGACAGCAGUCAUCUUUGGAGAAGAUGUUGCCUUUGGAGGAGUAUUCCGGUGCACGGUUGGCCUGAGAGACAAAUAUGGUAAAGACAGGGUCUUCAACACUCCUCUUUGUGAGCAGGGGAUUGUGGGAUUCGGCAUCGGUGCAGCUGUUGCUGGUGCAACAGCCAUUGCUGAGAUCCAGUUUGCCGACUACAUCUUUCCAGCGUUUGACCAGAUUGUAAAUGAAGCUGCUAAGUACCGCUACCGUUCUGGGAACCUGUUUGACUGCGGGAACCUCACCAUUCGGGCUCCAUGGGGCUGCGUUGGCCACGGUUCCUUGUACCAUUCUCAAAGCCCUGAAGCCUUUUUUGCCCACUGUCCUGGUAUUAAGAUUGUAAUACCUCGUGGUCCGACGCAGGCUAAAGGGCUGCUGCUUUCAUGCAUUGCUGAUAACAACCCAUGUAUAUUCUUUGAGCCCAAGAUUCUUUACAGAGCAGCAGUGGAGCAGGUUCCAGUCGAUGCCUACACCAUCCCUCUCUCACAAGCUGAGGUCCUACAGGAAGGAAGUGAUGUCACGCUGGUUGCCUGGGGGACACAGAUCCAUGUGUUAAGGGAGGUGGCCAACAUGGCUCAAGAGAAACUUGGGGUUUCCUGUGAGGUCAUCGAUCUAAGGACCAUCCUGCCCUGGGAUAAUGAAACUGUUUGCAAGGUAAGUGGUCACCACUCAAUAGUGUCUAUCAUCGUUGGACACUUUAUUAUUGGAAUAUGAUCUUAACAAUGAAAG